AUGGCAUACUUUGACCCGUCAAAACAAACAGAACUGUGGGUUGAUGGAAGUCCUGUUGGUGUUUCUGCGAUUUUAGUUCAAGAAAAUCGAAUCGUGUCAUAUGGAAGUAGGUCACUUACACCCGUAGAGCAACGCUACAGCCAAACAGAGCGUGAGGCAUUGGCUUGUGUUUUUGGUUGCCAGCAUUUCCACCUUUAUUUGUUUGGAAAAGAGUUUACAUUAAUCAGUGAUCAUCGUUGUUUAGAAUCAAUAUUCAAUAACACCAAGCAAAUUCAGUCAGCGCGCCUUGAAAGAUGGAGGUUAAAAUUGACAACUUACAAUUUCAAAGUGAAAUAUCGCGCCGGAAGCCAAAUGAUCUCAGACUACUGCUCCAGACAUCCAGUUAAAGAGCAGCCAAUUGAAAGCUUUGCUGAAGAUUACGUCAGGUUUAUUGCUCACACGUCAGUGCCAAGUUCAUUAACUAUGUCUGACAUCGCAACUGCCACUCAGAAAGACUGUGUUAUUAAGUGCGUAAUGGACGCUUUAUCAAAUAACAGUUGGUCGAAACAAUUAUGUUACCAAGAUGACAGCUUCAGGAGUUAUCAAACUGUGAGCGAAGAGCUAACUGUCGUGUCACUCGAAGAAGGAAAUGUUUUAUUGCGCGGCACGCGACUGUGCAUUCCUGAUUCGCUGCAACAAAAGGUCGUUAAGCUAGCACACGAAGGUCAUCAGGGUCGUGUUCGCUGCAAAGCACUUUUGAGAGAAACAUGUUGGUUUCCAUACAUGGAUACACGUGUAGAUGAAAUGUGUAAAAACUGCAUACCGUGCAUGUCCGCUUCUCCCUCAACAACACAAGAGCCUAUAAUACCCAGUCCGUUACCAAAACAACCUUGGGACGAAGUAUCCGUGGAUUUUUGUGGACCUUUCCCGUCAGGCGAAUAUUUCAUGGUAGUCAUAUGUGACUAUAGCAGAUAUCCUGUUGUAGAAACACUCCAUAGUCUUUCUGCGCAAACAGUUAUUCCACAUCUUGAGAAAUUAUUCAGUUUGUUUUCUAUCCCAAGUGUCGUGAAAACUGACAAUGGAUCUCCAUUCAACAGUCAAAGCUUCUCGGACUUUGCAGAUCGUUUUGGUUUUAAACAUAGAAAAAUAACACCACUCCAUCCGAUGGCAAACGGUACAGCAGAAGAAUUUAUGAAGCCUUUAGUUAAAACCAUGAAAAUCGCAUCAGCAUCAGGAAAGAACUUUAAAACUGAAAUCAGUAGUUUCCUCAUGAACUAUAGGAGUACCCCACAUCCAAGCACUGGGCUUUCUCCGUAUGAACUCAUGUUUAACAGAAAAAUGAAAACAAAGCUUCCCCAGUUUUCAGUUUUCAGAAAGGAUAAGUAUGUCAGAGAAAGAGACACUAAAGCAAAGAUGAAAAAUAAACGUUAUGCCGACAUCCGACGGAAAACGAAGUAUUCAACAAUAAAACCUGGAGACAAGGUACUUGUGAAACAAAAUAUAAGGAAUAAACUUGACACACCAUUCAGCUCUUCAGUCGGUAAGGUAAUCUCGAGAAAAGGUUCUAUGGUAACAGUUCAACACAAUGAUCGUACAAUUACCCGUGACAUAUCCCAUUUCAAACCUGUAAACUCAUUUAACGACAGCGACCAGCGUAAAUCCUCUUCCGACGCCGACGGUACCUCACUGCGAAAAUCAGGAAGGAAACGAAGACCCCCUAGAAGGUUUAUAGACGAAUAA